UCGUUCCCUUCGUGUUUACUAUUGUGUCGUAAACGCUCCAGUUAAACACAUAGCGGUCAGCGCUCAGUAAGAAUCAAAGAAGAAACGGAUUCCAAUUACCCAAGAUUGAACAUAUCCGUCAUGUGUUUUUCUUUUUAAAAACAAGGAGAGCGUGUAUUUGGCCAGUCAUUUCUCCGGCGACUACUUGUUUUGGAGAGAAGAAUGGGGUGCUUCUCCGGACGAUGCAUGCUCAUAUUCGUUUGCAUUCUGCAAUUGAUAACAGCGUUGGAGAGGCAGGUGUUUGAUUUCCUGGGCUACCAAUGGGCUCCCAUCCUGGUGAAUUUCUUGCACAUCAUUGUUGUCAUCCUGGGCCUUUUUGGCACCAUCCAGUACAGGCCUCGCUAUGUUGUGUUGUACCUAACAUGGGCCAUUCUUUGGGUUGGUUGGAACAUAUUUGUGUGUUGCCUCUACCUUGAUCUUGGGAGUCUUUCCAAGGACAGUAACUACCUCUCUCUUGGAGUGUCGUCUCACUCCUCAUGGUGGAAAGAGAAUGCUCCUGGAUGUGGCGAUGCUGAAGACCUCUUCGCCACAAGGUGGCAGAGUGUGGAGAGCCCCGCGCUAGUCUCAUCAAUGGGCUGCCUACUGGAGUACCAGUACAUUGAGGUGUUGCACAGUGCCCUGCAGCUCUUCAUCUCUCUUCUGGGAUUUGUAUUUGCCUGCUAUGUGAUCAGUGUCUUCAAUGAAGAGGACACCUUUGAUUUCGUUGGUGGAUUUGAUCAGUUCCCUGUCUUGCAUGGCAACGAGAAAGCAUCCCAUCUCUUUCUUUAGUACACACUUCUGUAUCUCUACAAAUGAAGUAUAAAGCCGUUGAGGAGAAAAAGAAGCCUGGCAAACCUAUCAGAAAAAAUGGGUUUCCUCAGCACAUGAGCAUAUGGAACAUCUAGAAAUGACCACUCUCUCUUAUAUCACACAGUGACCCCGUAAAGAAUAUAGCAGCAUUUAUGGUGUCAAUGCGGGAUAGUCAUUAUGCUCUGGACUGUAAAGUCAAACUCAAUGACCACUCGCACACCUAUGGUUGAGUAAAAUACCCAGUUGCAACAAGAUCACCAAAAAGACUGAACACACUUGCAUUACUUUUGAAGCUCUCGCUAGAGCCUGAUGCCAGUGACACUGUGGCAGGGAUGUGAGGGAAGAUGCCCAUGUUAUCCUUUGAUUUAACAUGAGCCUUUUCACAAUAGCCCUGCUGCCAUAUCUGUGCUACCCAGGCACACCGUAUCGGCCGCUCAUUGGAAGAAUGAGUCAUGCACAGAAAGUGACAGAGAGCCAUUAGAGCAGCUCGCUGUGAAAGAACCGUAUGCCAGAUGCUUUUCACAAAUCUGGAGCAAGCAAGCAAGUAGGUCAGCAACCACCUAUCCUUUGAUCAUUAAUGAACACUAAGCUGUGCAUGGGCACAUGUUUUUUAUGUGUGUGUGUGUGUGUGUGUGUGUGCGCACGCACAUGUGUGUGCGUGUGAGCAUGUGUGUAAUUCUGUCCAUUAGUGACUUAAGUGUUGUUUAUGCACUGAAUAUGUUUGUAAAUAGCACCAAGUGAAAGAUCACUUCGGUAAGUGGCAUUAAUGGUAGAUAGUAAACCCUAUGGUGUGUUCAACACUGCCACGUAGUGACAGCAUAUGAAAAAAAUAUUUUGUAUGAUAAUUGUGUGCCAAAGGCAGACCCUCCAGGACCUUGUCCGUGUUCAAGAACAUUGCUGUCAAUUGUGUUAUUUUUGUUUAGUUUUCUGAGAGAACUUAAUAAAAAUGAAUCUCAACUUGAUGUUUUUUAUGAAUGUUGGUGCCAAAAAAUGUACAAUGGAAUUUCAUUCAGCAUGAUAUAACCUUUAACUGAAAUACAAGUAAAACAUAGGUGUGAAACUGUACUGAAACAAAAGGGGAAACUACAGUUGGCAAAAAAGGCUGAAGUCCUGGAGGGACUGCACAGCAAAAGGCCAUCACUUUACGGCUCUCCACAAACACAAAAUAGGCCAUGGCUUCUAAAGAGGACAGAGUGAGGAUUAUGGAAUAUUCAGGUCAUAACUUACUCUACUCUAUUCUAUGUUGUCUGAAGUGAGAAAGAGAUGUGGACAUAAACUUGUGAAAUAAUUAGCAUACUUUCAAAUCUAUUGCCUUUUUGUCACCAAUUGUUAUACACCUGUCAAACGGAGGGAAAGGAGAUGUCACUAAAAUAUGUAAUAACUGGUUGUAAGCAUGGGUUCUUGUAAAAUACGUACUGUG